CUGACCCUGAGUCCUCUGCCCAAAGUUGUCCGUGCCAACGCGAAGCAGCUCGUUGUCCUUGAAGACGCCUUCCACAGAGGGGUCGAUGCGUCGUCGAACUCCGCCAUCUGGGAAGCACUGUUGUCGAAGACAGGAUUGUACGUUGCGCGCUCUCUCUCUCUGCAUCCUCUUGCAACACACAUAGGACGCGUCCGUGGAUUCUGGCAUGGCUACAUCGCUAUCGCAAACGUGUAGGUUGCACCAGAAAUGACGCUCGCGCCCCGCAUGUUGCGGUGUCCUCCCUCCCUGUCAUCGAUAAUUCCUUCGCGCCUCCGACCAAACAUCAUUCCCCUGCGCCUCUCUCGACCCCCACCAUCCUCGCCUCUUCAUCUGCUUUCUCGCUCAACGCAGCUUCACCGGCAUCAACGUCAACUAUCCCUUUGAUUUACACGUCUGCGCCCGAGCAUGUUCUCUUUCCCCGUGGAGAUUCUUUCCUCACUGCUAUUGCGUCCCCCGCCCCAUCCGAC